GGGCCGCGGCUCGCAGCCGGCUGGGCGGCGGGAGAGCGGCGAUGUCGGAGCCAGCGCGGAGCGCGGCGGGGGGGCUGCCCCUCAGUCGCCUGGCGGAGCCGCUGCUGCGGAGGCUCAGCGAGCUCCUGGACCGGGCAGCGCCCGGCAAGGGCUGGCGGGACCUGGCGCAACGAGCGGGGAGCCGCGGCAGGGUCCGGCUGAGCCCUCUGGAUUUAGAACAGUGUUCCCUCCAAGUGCUGGAGCCAGAAGGAAGUCCCAGCUGGAGUCUCCUGAAACUACUGGGAGAUCGCGGUUGCACUGUGGUAGAGCUUGCGGAGUUCCUGCAGGCCCUGGAGCAUACAGAGGCUCUCCAGUGUCUCAGCCAUUCAGGUAUAAAGAUUGUUGUACAGCCAGACUCUCAAGCAGUGUGCUCUGGUCAGGUCGUCAAGCUGUGUUGUUGGGCAACAGGACACCCAUUUGUGCAUUACCAGUGGUUCAAGCAGGAAAAAGAGGUUCCCCAUGGUAAUUCUCCAGAGCUGCUUUUGAAUCCAGUGAGUGUGAAUGAUUCUGGCUUUUACAUCUGUCGAGUGAACAGUGAAUCUUCCUUUGUGUUCAGUCGGUGGGCACGACUUGAAGUUUGUGAUCUCCAGGAUACAUCUCAUGGGAGCUUAACUGGUUUGUCUGAAAACAAGUUGCGCAUUUGUAUUCAGCCUCAACCACAAAACCUGACAGUGGGGGAUGCUUUGGUACUAGAAUGUGGAGCUGUUGGAAACCCAAUUCCUCAUUAUCAGUGGUUCAGGAAUGGAUUUCCCGUGGCAAAUGGGAGCAAAAAUGUCUACAUGGUAACUUAUGUGGGUGUGGAACAUCAAGGAACGUAUUGGUGUCACGUUUUCAAUGACCGGGAAGAUCAAGACAGCAAGAAGAUAGAAGUUGUUAUAGGAAGGAAAGCUAUGGCAGUGGAGUGCACAGAAGAAGAUCUAAGUGAUCUUCAAAAACCAGCAGACCUACAAGAACAAUCAAAUCACAGACCUAUUGCAACAGACAAGGUGGCUCUGUUAAUAGGAAAUAUGAGCUACUGGAAUCACCCCCAACUCAAGGCUCCGAUGGUAGAUGUCUAUGAAUUGACCAACUUGCUGAGACAGCUGGAUUUCAAAGUUGUUUCUUUGCUGGAUCUUACUGAGUCCGAGAUGCGAAAUGCAGUGGAUGAAUUUUUACUUCUCCUGGACAAAGGAGUAUAUGGUUUGUUAUACUAUGCUGGCCAUGGCUACGAAAACUAUGGAAACAGUUUCAUGGUUCCUAUUGAUGCUCCAAAUCCCUACCGAUCUGCAAACUGUCUGUGUGUGCAGAACAUCCUCAAACUAAUGCAGGAAAAAGAGACAGGACUUAAUGUAUUCCUACUGGAUAUGUGUCGGAAAAGAAAUGAAUAUGAUGACACAAUUCUUAUCUUGGAUGCUCUGAAGGUUACAGCCAACAUUGUUUUUGGAUAUGCAACGUGCCAAGGAGCAGAAGCUUUUGAAAUUCAGCAGUCGGGGUUGGCCAAUGGAAUAUUCAUGAAGUUCUUGAAGGACCGUUUGUUAGAAGACAAGAAGAUUACUGUACUGCUCGAUGAGGUUGCAGAAGAUAUGGGCAAGUGUCACCUUACCAAAGGCAAGCAAGCUUUGGAGAUCCGCAGCAGUUUGUCUGAGAAAAGGGCAUUAACUGAUCCCGUUCAACAAACAAUAUCUUCUGCGGAGUCUCUGGCACGGAACCUACAGUGGGCCAAAGCUCAUGAGCUUCCAGAAAGUAUGUAUCUUGAAUUCAAAUGCGGUGUUCAGAUUCAGUUGGGGUUUGCAGCCGAGUUUUCCAAUGUCAUGAUAAUCUACACACGAAUAGUAAAGAAGCCACCUGAAAUAGUAGUUUGCAGAGCCUACGUUACAGACUUCGCACUCGACCUGGAUGUGGAUCCUAAAGAGGCCAAUAAAGGAACUCCUGAGGAAACCGGAAGCUAUUUAGUAUCAAAGGACCUCCCCAAACACUGCCUCUACACCAGGCUCAGUUCACUGCAGAAACUAAGGGAACACUUGAUCUUCACUGUUUGCUUGCACUAUGAGUAUCCAGGAAUAGAAGAUACAAUGGAUGAAAGAAAGGAAGUUAAUGUUGGGAAGCCCCUUAUUGCUAAAUUAGGCCUUCAUCAUGGAUUCAAAAAUAAUAACUGUCUCCAGACCUGUUGCAUGGCUAAUAAUCCUUUCCAUAAUCAAAUAGAAUCAAGUCCAGUGACAACUAAAUACUACAUCCCUAGUCAUUGCCAACCAAAUUCCUGUCCAGGCGUUUACCAUCCAAACCGUGUUUGUUCAGACAGCAUCAGACAGCCAGAGGCAUGUUCUUGCAAUGGGACUUCAAGGAUAUUGGCUGCAAGACAUGAAGUACGGAAUUACUCAUUCCCUGUGGAAAAGAGUAAUAUACCAGUAGAGACCACUGAUGAUACUGUUGAACUGGAAUUCCUUCUCUCUGACAACCUCCGAUUCUCUAAACAGCAGUAGCUGUGAUAUGUUCAGAAUUUGAAUAGGGGACCUUCCACACUGCUUAUCCGUCUUCUGGAGUUUGGGGACUUCAGCACAAAGGGAUUGUAGAGUCUGGAGGUGGUACUGGGAACGAGGUGGUGGUGAAAGUUUUUCAGAUCCAAAGAGAUGAAACUGGGCUGAUAGAUGUAGGAAUGAAAAAGGCAUCAAUUGUUUUUUUGUUUGUUUUUUUUUUUUUCCCCUACCAUCUGACAUUUAAUUCAGGAAAAAAACCUGAACUCCUCAGAGUUUCCAUUCUCUGGCAGUCAAGCAGCUAACAAAGAGGCAGUCAUGCAUUUCUGGGAGGAAGCUGCCUAUCUCUGCGAAGGAGUGAAUGCAUAAAAGCCUGGCUGAUGUCAAAGUUUCUCUUGAGAUAGUAAAGCCUUAGAUCUUCCCAGCUGCUUCUCCAGUACCUACUGGAGUUAUAAAAUCUACUGUAAAUGUAUUUUUUGUAAAUCUUCUGUUUUCAGAGAGGAAUUGAUCAUCCUAUACAAAAACAAGAUAAGCAUGUAUAGCUGUCAGAGGAAAAAAUGUUGACAGAAUUAAGCAGGAAGAUGAAUUUCCAUGUCCUCUAUGAUUGAAUAUGAUUUUUAAAAAUGCGUUAGCCCCAAAAUGGUGUAUACACCUUUCUCUCUUCCAUCUUUCAUUUGUUCAUUAUCCAGGGAUUUCUUUUUACAUACUGCAUUAAAGUAAAGUUGUAUAUGUUUAUAUAUGUUGUAACAGCCCUCUAUUGAGUAUGUAAGAUGACGCAUAAUGUAAAGGAACUGAACAAAGAGGGAGCUUUUACAGAAGUGAAGAUAUUGUGUUUUAGUAUUCCGGAGUUAAGAAUACAUCUCCUUCAAGCCUCAGUUUCUCUUCUUCCUCAUAUACAUACGUAUUAGGAUCAGUCAGUAACGUUCUGGGCCCUUGGAUGUAGCUAAUAACCAGUUUUGGCUACAUUCUCCUCUCUCAGGGCCAGAUGUCCAGUGUCUGGCAACAACUGACAGAUGGAUAAAGAACUGUGCAAGGAAAACAAAACCUGAACAGAACUAGUAAACUAAUAUUAUCGCUUUUUUUUAAAGCGAACUACAAAUCAUCAGAGGGAGCAAAGUCACAGAUUCAUACUGUAGUGGACUGUUCUUGUGAUAAUCUUUCUCUUACAUAACACACUUAAGGUUUUUGCUGAUCUCAUUCAGGAAAAGUGGUCUUUUCAUGUUCUGGAAGAACACUAAAUAGAAAAGUGAGGAAAAAAUGCCUGUUCAUAGCAAGCAAUGUGUUGUAUAGUUAGUCACACAGUAAGAAGUGCUGAAAGCUAAGAAUAAGUGAGCAAGAUGAGUGAAAACUUUGGGGUUCUUCAGGGUGAAGUAUAAGGGUAGUGUUCCUGGACACCAGCCACUGCUUCCCUGAGGCAAUUUUAAAAAACAAACCCUACUUAGUUGUUUAUAAUUUCUAUUCAUUCAAAUAAAAUUUCUAAAAGUCUACCCUAAAACUGUGAAAAUCCGAGAAAGCUUCCAGUACACACAAACUUAUAAAAGGUAAAGCAACUUUAAAUGCAGUCUGCUGGAGGUGAGGGACACUUGCUUCACGUCACGACCUGGCUCUUCGCGUACAGCCCUACAUGUGUGCGUUUGCUCUGGAGCUCAGACGUGGGGUUCUCUGCACAGACUAGACGCCAGAAGUAAGCUAGUCUUCUAGGUCCUCCGGCCUCUGAGCCCCAGAAGCUCCCUACUGGAGACAGAGGCAUAGCCACCUUCAGAAGACAGUUGAUCCUGUGCUGAAAGGCAAAUGAGCUACUUCCCUGUGGUGCUUUAUUGCUUUGUUGAACGAAGAGGACAGGAUGACCUAGCUUGGGCUAGCUGCCAAGCUUUUUACGCGAUGUAAAAUUUAUCGAUCUGUGUUCAGAAAAGGGCAGUUUUGCAUACCAAACUUUUGUAUUUUCAGGUUGAAUAGUUUGGUCAAAAAAGACACGUUAGGUUUUUUUAAUGUUUGGUUUUGUUUCAAAAUACUGAAGAAUCUGUGACUUGCCUGUGUAUCUGCAGAGGAGUGUGACAACACUGAUGGUUUAUUAGGUCUUUAAAAGUCUUGAUGCUUUGAAAGCAUGAAAAUAUCUGGGUGUAAGGUAAUGAAAAUUCAAGGGAGUUUUCAGAUAUAGGUAGUAGCCUCUCCUGCCCUUGUAAUAUUGAUAAGCAGUAUUGGUUUAAUUAAGGUCCCUGUCAUGAAAUAAUUUUUUACUUUAGAAAAAUUGUUGUAGUGCUUUUCAUUAAGUAGGUAGCAAAAAUUAAAAAUAACUGAAUCUCAUUGAUACGGUGGACAAAUCAUUUUAAAUCUUCAGUUGAGAGUGCUGCCUGCUGGUGGGAUCUGGUAAUCUUCCAACAUGUUGUCUGGACACUGAGGGAGGUGCUGUAUGUGGUCCUAACAAGUUUCAGAUGGAAAUGUUAAUGCAUCAUUAACUACAUCUGUUGAUCUUCAAAUUCGUGUGUGCUGAAAGGUGGAUAUAUGUACAUGGAUACUAAUGUAGUUAAUUCCAGAGUGACAGCCAUGCUUGAAGUAUUCUGCGAAUGAGCUUGAGUUUCUGAUUUUCUCCUGGAGGGUAUUAAAUAAUGAAAUAUUUAUUGAUGAAUGAGAUGUACCUGUGCAUUAACUAUCCUGUGCAGUUGACUUCUAAAACAAAAAUUAUGGCUUGAGACAUGGACUAGUACUGUAAUAUUUACUUUGUCACAGUUUCCUAAUUUGUAUAAAAGCUUACUCUGUUUCUUACGGCGUAAUAAACUGUUGUUCACACAAUGCUA